UCCCGCCCGGCCCGUGACGCACUUCUGGCUGUCAGCCAGGACGCGCGCCGCGGCCGGGCCGGCGGACUGCGGAGAGAGCCCACAACUUUUCUUUUGUGCGGGGCCGCGCUCCUCGGGCCCCCUCCGGGCCUCUCGGGAUCCAGAUGCUAAUGGCCGGCGGAAACCUGUAGGUCCGUUUGGCCCCGGGAGUCCGGUACGUGGGGGUGACUGUCUGGGAUCGCCAAGAUGACACUCCACACCACGCGGGCGUCUGCCCUUCUCUCUUGGGUGAAUAGUUUGCGCGUGGCUGACCCAGUGGAGACGGUGCUUCAACUCCAGGACUGCAGUGUCUUUGUCAAGAUCAUCAAUAGCAUCCACAGCACUGAAGAAGGGCAGCAAAUUCUGCAGCAGCCAGUGCCAGAGAGACUGAACUUUGUGUGCAGUUUUCUGCAGAAAAAUCGAAAACAUCCCUCUUCUCCAGAAUGCCUGGUGUCUGUGCAGAAAGCGUUGGAAGGGUCCGAGCUGGAACUGGCCAAGAUGGCGAUGUUGCUCUUAUAUCACUCUACCAUGAGCUCCCGAAGUCCCCGGGAUUGGGAACAGUUUGAAUAUAGAAUUCAGGCCGAGUUAGCUGUCAUCCUGAAGUUUAUGCUGGACCACGAGGAUGGGCUGAACCUGACUGAGGACCUAGUGAACUUCUUGGAGAAAGAUCCUGUCUCUUCCACCUGUUCCAGCACCUUCCCUGAAGAGCUCUCUCCACCCAGCCAGCAGGUCAAGAGGGAGGUUCACUUCCUAGAGCUGCAGAGGGUUGCCUCCUCUUCCAGUGGGAACAACUUCCUCUCGGGUUCUCCAUCCUCCCCUAUGGGUGACAUCUUGCAGACCCCACAGUUCCAGAUGAGACGAAUGAAGAAACAACUGGCAGAUGAGAGAAACAACAGAGAUGAACUGGAGCUGGAGCUGGCUGAGAGCCGCAAGCUUCUCACUGAAAAGGACGCACAGAUAGCCAUGAUGCAGCAGCGCAUUGACCGCCUGGCUCUGCUGAACGAGAAGCAGGCGGCCAGCCCGCUGGAGCCUAGAGAGCUUGAGGAGCUCCGAGGCAAGAAUGAGAGCCUCACUGUGCGGCUGCAUGAGACUCUGAAGCAGUGUCAGGACCUGAAGACCGAGAAGAACCAGAUGGACCGCAGAAUUAGCCAGCUUUCUGAGGAGAAUGGGGACCUUUCCUUUAAGCUUCGUGAGUUUGCCAGUCACCUGCAGCAACUCCAGGGUGCCCUCAACGACCUGACAGAGGAGCACAGCAAAGCCACUCAGGAGUGGGCAGAGAAGCAAGCCCGUCUGGAGAAGGAACUCAGCGCAGCACAGCAGGACAAGAAAUGUCUUGAGGAGAAGAAUGAAAUUCUUCUGGGAAAGCUAUCCCAGCUGGAAGAGCGAGUGGCUCAACUGCCAGAGAAUGUGGCCCAGGAGAAGGGCGAGGUACUGGGUGAUGCUUUGCAGCUGGAAAACCUGAAGCAAGAGGCAGCCACGCUUGCUGCAGACAACAGCCAGCUCCAAGCCCGAGUGGAGACGCUAGAGCGUGAGCGUGGCCAGCAGGAAGCCCAGCUGCUCGCUGAGCGGGGUCUCUUUGAACGAGAAAAGCAGCAGCUGGCCAGCCUGAUUGCUGACCUGCAGAGCUCCAUCUCCAACCUCAGCCAGGCCAAGGAGGAGCUGGAGCAGGCCUCCCAGGCUCAGGGGGCCCAGCUGACUGCUCAGGUGGCCUCUCUGAACACACUCAAUGCCACAAUACAGCAGCAAGAUCAAGAACUGGCCAGCCUGAAGGAGCAAGCCAAAAAGGAGCAGGCCCAGCUUGCACAGUCGCUCCAAGAACAAGAGCAGGUCUCGCAGGGCCUGCAGCACCAGGUGGAGCAGCUGGGUAGCAGCCUGAAACGGAAGGAGCAGCAGUUGGAAGAGAUCACCAAGGAGCUGGAGGCAGCCAGGCGGGACCAUGCCCAGCAACUGGCCAUGGCUGCAGAGGCACGAGAGGCCUCCGUAAGGGAGCGUGAUGCCACUCGUCAGCAGCUAGAGGCACUGGAGAAAGAGAAGGCUGCUAAGCUAGAAGUUCUGCAGCAGCAACUUCAGGCUGCGAAUGAAGCCCAGGGCAGUGCCCAGACAUUGGCGACACAGAGCCAGCGGGAGAAAGCAGAGCUGAGCCAAAAGGUGGAGGAACUGCAUGCCUGUGUCGAGGCUGCCCGUCAGGAGCGGCAGCAGGCCCGGGCCCGGGUGACAGAGCUAGAGGCCCAGCUGACAGCUGAGCAGCAAAACGCAUCUGAGAGAGAAAAGGUGGCUCGGGAGAAGGGCCAGCUCCAGGAGCAGCUCCAGGCCCUCGAGGAGUCGCUGACGAUCACGAGGGGCAGCCUCGAGGAGGAGAAGCGCAGGGCCGCAGACGCCCUGGAGGAACAGCGUCGCCGUGUCACUGAGCUGGAGGCCGAGGCCCGCAGCUUGGCGGAGCAGCGGAAGCAGGAGCGGAAGGAGCUCGAAGAAGAGAAGGCUGGGCGCCAGGGGCUGGAGGCCCGGUUACGGCAGCUUGGGGAGGCCCAUCAGGCCGAGACCGAAGCCCUGCAGCGGGAGCUGGCAGAAGCCACCGCUUCCCAGCACAAGGCCGAGAGUGAGUGUGAGCAGCUUGCCAAGGAAGUCUCUACCUGGCAGAAGCGGUACGAGGACAGCCAGCAAGAAGAGGCACAGCAUGGUGCCAUGUUCCAGGAACAGCUGGUGACUCUGAAAGAGGAGUGCGAGAAGGCCCGCCAAGAGCUGCAGGAGGCAAAAGAGAAGAUGGCAGGAGUAGAGGCCCACAGCGAGCUCCAGCUGGGCCGGCUCCAUGCCAGCCUGGCCAAAGCCCUCCAGCAGGUCCAAGAGAAAGAGGUCAGGGCUCAGAAAGUGGCAGACGAUCUCUCCACUCUGCAGGAGAAAAUGGCCGCCACUAGCAAGGAGGUGGCCCGCCUGGAGACCUUGGUGCGCAAGGCAGGUGAGCGGCAGGAAACGCCCCGCGAGCCACUUAAAGAGCCUCCAAAGGCUGAAGACAGAGACUCGGAAGAGCAGCAGGGCCGGCCGUUCUGCAGCACACAGGCAGCGCUGCAGGCGAUGGAGCGCGAGGCUGAGCAAAUGGGCAGUGAGCUGGAGAGGCUGCGGGCAGCACUGAUGGAGAGCCAGGGGCAGCAGCAAGAGGAGCGUGGGCAGCAGGAGAGGGAGGUGGCACGGCUGACGCAGGAGCGGGGCCGGGCGCAGGCUGACCUGGCCCUGGAGAAGGCAGCCAAGGCCGAACUUGAGAUGCGGCUCCAGAACGCGCUCAACGAGCAGCGUGUGGAGUUUGCUGCUCUGCAAGAAGCCCUGUCCCAUGCCCUGGCAGAAAAGGAGGGCAAAGACCAGGAGCUGGCCAAGCUUCGUGGUCAGGAGGCAGCUUUAAGAACAGAGCUGAGGGAGCUUCAGCACACGCUAGAGCAGCUGACAGCACAGCUGGCCAAGGACGAGAAAGAGCACUGUGCAGGGGCAGCCCGCAGAGAAGAUGCCUCCGGCCCGGCAGCUGCAAAGAUGGAGGUGCCGGGCUCUGAGCUGGAGGGGCUGCGGGCAGAAGUGAGCAGGCUGCAGCAGCAGUGCCGCCAGCAGCAGGAGCAAGUUGAGGGCCUGGCGUGCAGCCUGGAGUCUGAGCGUGCCUCCCAGGCUGAGAAGGACAAGGCCUUGGAGACUCUGCAGGGCCAGUUAGAAGAGAAGGACCGGGAGCUGGGUCACAGCCAGGCUGCCUCAGCCUCGGCCCAGAGGGAACUGACCACCCUCCGUGCCAAAGCCCAGGACCACAGCAAGGCCGAGGAGGAGUGGAAGGCCCAGGUAGCCCGGGGCCAGCAGGAGGCUGAGAGAAAAAGCAGCCUCAUCAGCAGCUUGGAGGAGGAGGUGUCUAUCUUGAACCGCCAAGUCUUGGAAAAGGAGGGAGAGAGCAAGGAGUUGAAGCGGCUGGUUGUAGCCGAGUCCGAGAAGAGCCAGAAGCUGGAAGAGAGACUGCGGCAGCUCCAGGUGGAGACAGCCAGCAACAGUGCCAGAGCAGCGGAACGCAGCUCCGCUCUGCGGGAGGAGGUGCAGAGCCUCCGGGAAGAGGUGGAGAAGCAGCGCGUGGCUUCAGAGAACCUGCGGCAGGAGCUGGCCUCACAGGCAGAAAGAGCCGAGGAGCUGGGCCAAGAAUUGAAGGCCUGGCAGGAGAAGUUCUUCCAGAAGGAGCAGGCCCUCUCUGCCCUGCAGCUGGAGCACACUGGCACACAGGCCCUGGUGAGCGAGCUGCUGCCUGCCAAGCACCUCUGCCAGCAACUGCAGGCUGAGCAGGCGGCUGCGGAGAAACGCCACCGCGAAGAGCUGGAGCAGAGCAAGCAGGCGGCUGGGGGGCUUCGGGCAGAGCUGAUGCGGGCCCAGCGGGAGCUUGGGGAGCUGGUGCCCCUGCGACAGAAGGUGGCCGAACAGGAGCGGGCCGCCCAGCAGCUGCGGGCAGAGAAGGCCAGCUAUGCAGAGCAGCUGAGCAUGCUCAAGAAGGCUCACGGACUGCUGGCCGAGGAGAACCGGGGGCUGGGGGAGCGGGCCAACCUUGGCCGGCAGUUUCUGGAGGUGGAGCUGGAUCAAGCCCGGGAGAAGUACGUCCAGGAAUUGGCAGCUGUGCGUUCUGAUGCUGAGACCCGCCUGGCUGAGAUGCGGCAGGAAGCACAGAGCACUACCCGUGAGCUGGAGGUGAUGACUGCCAAGUACGAGGGUGCCAAGGUGAAAGUCCUAGAGGAGAGGCAGCGGUUCCAGGAAGAGAGGCAGAAACUCACUGCCCAGGUGGAGCAGCUAGAGGUAUUUCAGAGAGAGCAGACCAAGCAGGUAGAGGAACUGAGUAAGAAACUGGCCGAGUACGAGCAAGCCAGCAAGGUGCAGCAGCAGAAGCUGAAGGCUUUCCAGGCACAGGGAGGUGAGAGCCAGCAGGAGGUCCAGCGCCUCCAGGCCCAGCUGACUGAGCUGCAGGCCCAGCUGAGCCAGAAGGAGCAGGCCGCUGAGCACUACAAGCUGCAGAUGGAGAAAGCCAAGACUCACUACGAUGCCAAGAAGCAGCAGAACCAGGAACUGCAGGAGCAGCUGCGGGAACUGGAGCAGCUGCAGAAGGAGAACAAGGAGCUGCGCGCUGAAGCUGAGCGCCUGGGCCGGGAGCUGCAGCAGGCGGGGCUGAAGACCAGGGAGGCCGAGCAGUCCUGCCGCCACCUCACCGCCCAGGUGCGCAGCCUGGAAGCGCAGGUUGCCCAUGCAGACAAGCAGCUUCGAGACCUGGGCAAAUUCCAGGUGGCAACUGAUGCCUUAAAGAGCCGUGAGCCCCAGACAAAACCCCAGCUGGACUUGAGUGUUGACAGCCUGGACCUGAGCUGCGAGGAGGGGACCCCGUGCAGUAUCACCAGCAAGCUGCCUCGUACUCAGCCAGAUGGCACCAGUGUCCCUGGAGAGCCAGCCUCACCCAUCUCCCAGCGCCUGCCUCCCAAGGUGGAAUCCCUGGAGAGUCUCUACUUCACCCCUAUUCCUACUCGGAGUCAGGCCCCCCUGGAGAGCAGCCUGGAUUCCCUGGGGGAUGUUGUCCUGGACUCAGGCCGUAAGACUCGCUCUGCUCGCCGGCGCACCACCCAGAUCAUCAAUAUCACCAUGACGAAGAAGCUAGAUGUGGAAGAACCAGACAGCGCCAACUCAUCCUUCUACAGCACACAGUCUGCCCCGGCGUCACAGGCCAGCCUGCGCGCUGCACCCUCCACCCAGUCCCUGGCCCGCCUGGGCUCCCCUGAUGACGGCAGCUCCGCGCUGCUCAGCCUGCCUGGCUAUCGGCCCACGACUCGCAGCUCUGCCCGCCGCUCCCAAGCCAGGGUUUCCACGGGGGCUCCGCAAGGAAGGCACAGCUUCUACAUGGGCACCUGCCAGGACGAGCCCGAGCAGCUGGAGGACUGGAACCGCAUUGCAGAGCUGCAGCAGCGCAACCGAGUGUGCCCCCCGCACUUGAAGACCUGCUACCCCCUGGAGUCCAGGCCUUCUCUGAGCCUGGCCACCAUCACGGAUGAGGAGAUGAAGACCGGAGACCCCCGGGAGACCCUGCGCCGAGCCAGCAUGCAGCCGACCCAGAUUGCCGAGAGUACUGGCAUCACCACCCGGCAGCAGCGCAAGCGCGUCUCUUCAGAGACCCAUCAGGGGCCUGGCACCCCUGAGGCCAAGAAGGCCACCAGCUGUUUUCCACGCCCCAUGACUCCCCGGGAGCGACAUGAUGGGCGCAGGCAGAGUGCGUCCGAAGCCCAGAAGAAAGGAGCUUCAGCUGUUCUAAAACAGGCUGACCGGCGCCAUUCGAUGGCCUUCAGCAUCCUCAACACACCCAAGAAGCUGGGGAAUAGUAUUCUGCGGCGAGGAGCCUCAAAGAAGGCUCCAGCCAAGGCCUCGCCCAACACCCGCAGUGGGACCCGCCGCUCUCCCCGCAUUGCCACCACCUCAGCCAGUGCCGCCACCGCUUCUGCUAUUGCUGCCACCACUGCCACCCCUCGGGCCAAGGGCAAGGCAAAGCACUAAAGAGCCAAUACCAGUGCGUGGCCCUACCUGUGUCCCCAGUGCUGACCUUGCCUGGUCCUUUUUCCUUCUACUGCCCCUCUCAGUGCCUUCUCUCAGCUCCCAGGCCAGUGGCGGCCAGCCCCCCAGAGACAGUGAUGCCUGCCUGCACUGUGGCCUGGCACCUGGACCUUCACCGGUGCCUUCCAUAGGUACCUUCUGGGAGCUGGCCUAGGAGGCUUAGACAGUGUGGGGUUUCUGCCUAUAUUGCCUCCUGAAUUUUUCUUGGAGCAAAGUCCACUUCUCCAUCAUAAUCAGAUUUGAGGCUGGCUAUGAGUGACGAGCCGACAGUCUUCCUUAGCCUCUGGAUCUAGAAGGGACCAUUGGAGAAGUAGGCCUGGUUCCUGCUGUUCCUGGUGGCUGCGCCUAGCAGUGGCCCUUGCCUUGAAGCCCAAGACAUGGGCUUGACCUGGUGGGAGCCUCCCAUCCACCCAAGGGCACAGCUGCCUGGAGGAUGCUGUUUUCCAGGGCACGUGUCCUGGGUCUCAGGGGUGGGGUAGGAGGCAGCCUUCAAGGCAGCUCACACCCACCUUCCUCAGACUUGUACUGGGGUUGGAUUUGGAACGAUGGGGAAGGUUUUUAAGGGCCGGGGAUGGAUCUUUUUUCUAAAUGUUAUUACUUGUAAAUAAAGUCUAUUUUUCUCCCUUGAA